AUGCUUCCUGUUUGCCUUUUUGCCGUUGCUGUUGCCGUUUCGUGUGGGACAUCAUUUCGGGUAGACGAUGACGAUGACGAUCUUGAUGAUGAUGACGAUGACGAUGACAAUGAGGUUAAUGAUGACGAUGAUGAUGGUAAUGAAGAUGACGAAGGGGAAUCGUGCCGGUGGGAUUCGAACCCACGCCUCCGAAGAGACUGGUGCCUUAAACCAGCGCCUUAG